AUGAGGCUCUUCUUGCUCACCUGCCUGAUGGCUGUCUUCCCAGUGGUCUUCAUGAAAAGUCCCAUAUUUGGUCCCGCGGAGGUAAGUAGUGUGGAAGGUAACUUAGUGUCCAUCAAGUGCUACUACCCGGCCACCUCUGUCAACCGGCACACCCGGAAGUACUGGUGCCGGCAAGGGUCCAGGGGCGUCUGCACGACCCUCAUCUCCUCGGAGGGCUACGUCUCCAAGGACUACUUGGGCAGAGCCAACCUCACCAACUUCCCGGAGGAGGGCGCGUUCGUGGUGAACAUUUCCCAGCUCUCCCGGGAUGACUCUGGACGCUACAAGUGUGGUCUGGGCAUCAGUAGCCGAGGCCUGUCCUUCGAUGUAAGCCUGGAGGUCAGCCAGGGUCCUGACCCCCAAGAUGACAUUGAAGUCUACACAGUAGACCUGGGUAGAACAGUGACCAUCAACUGCCCUUUCAAACGUGAGAAUUCUCAGAAAAUGAAGUACUUGUUCAAGGAGACAGGCGAGCUAGUCAUUAACACCAAUUAUGUGAACCCCAACUUCAAGGGAAGAGCCAGUAUAGUUAUUCAGGGUACCAACCAAUUAAUGUUCAACGUCAUCAUCAAACAACUGAAACUCAGCGACGCUGGGAUAUAUAUCUGCCAGGCUGGGGACGGUUCCAGUAGUAACAAGAAGUAUGUUGACCUCCAGGUGCUAGAGCCUGAACCUGAGUUGGUUUAUGGAGAACUGAGGGGUUCCGUGAACUUUGACUGUGCCCUGGGCCCUGAGGAGACAAAUGUGGCCCAAUUUCUGUGCCGGGUAAACAGCCAAGGAAGCUGUGAUGUGGUCAUCAACACCCUGGGGAAGAGGGAUCCAGCCUUUGAGGGCAGGAUCCUACUCACCCAAAGGGGAAACGGCCGCUUCAGUGUGCUGCUCACAGGCCUGAAGAAGGGGGAUGCAGGACACUACCUAUGCGGGGCGCACCCCGGCGGUCAGCAGAAGGAAGGCUGGCCCAUCCAGGCUUGGCAACUCUUCAUCAAUGAGGAGACCGUGAUCCCCUCUAAUCCCUCUGUGGUGAAGGGUGUGACAGGAGGCUCUGUGUCCUUGCUCUGCCCCUAUGACCGGAAGGAAAGCAACAGCAUCAAGUACUUGUGUCGCUGGGAAGGAACACAAAAUGGCCACUGCCCACUGCUGGUGUCCAGCGACGGGGAGGUUCAGGAAGAGCAUGAGGGCAGGCUCGCACUCUUUAAAGAGCCGGGCAAUGGCACCUACACAGUCAUACUCAACCAGCUCACCACCCAGGAUGCUGGCUUCUACUGGUGUCUCACCAAUGGCAAUACUCGCUGGAGGACCUCAACGGAACUCCAGAUUGUUGACGGAAAACCAAGCCUCAAGGUACCGGAGAAUGUGACCGCUGUGCUGGGGAAGAGUCUUGAGCUCCAGUGCCACUUCCCCUGCAAAUACUACGCCUUUGAGAAGUACUGGUGCAAGUGGAGCAACGGGGAAUGCAGGGAGCUGCCCAGCCAAGACAAAAGCCCCAGCCAGGCCCUUGUGACCUGUGACCAGAACAACCGGUUCAUCUCCAUGACCCUGAAUUCAGUUGUCAAGGAGGAUGAAGGCUGGUACUGGUGUGGCGUGAGAAAAGACCACAAUUAUGGAGAGACUGCAGCAGUCUAUGUGGCAGUUGAGGAGGUGGCAGUGGGGUCCCGUGAGGUCAGCCCAGCCAACACAAAUCCAGGGGCUGAGGAGAAAGUGGCGGAGCCCACUGUUAGAGUGAUUGAGAACAAAGCCGUUGUGAAUCCCAGGCUUUUUGCAGAAGAAGGAGCGGUGGUAGAGGAUACUGGAGACCAAGAACCUGGUAUCAGAGCGUCCUCGGAUACUAGCAGCUCUGAGGGACAAAGCAGAAGCUCCAAAGUGUUGCUGUCCACCCUGGUGCCUCUAGGCCUGGUUCUGACAGCGGGGGCUGUGGCUGUGUGGGUGGCCAGAGCCCGGCACCGGAAGAAUGUGGACCGGGUUUCAAUUAGAAGCUACAGGACGGAUAUUAGCAUGUCAGACUUUGACAACUCCAGGGAAUUUGGUGCCGUUGACAAUAUGGGAGCCGCUCCAGUCACUCAGGAGACCAUCCUUGAAGAAAAAGCUGAGGCCAUGGCCACCCCCGAGGGCAACACGGAACCUGAAGAACCCAAGAAAGCAAAAAGGUCAUCCAAGGAGGAAGCCGACAUGGCCUAUUCCGCCUUCCUGCUCCAGUCCGGCAAGAUAGCUGCCCAGGGCCAGGAGGAACCCAAUGAAGUCUAGGCAGCGCCAGCCACCUGCCCCAUCGCCUGUGACAAUCACCUUCAGAAUUAUGCUGAUCUGCUGC